CAACAUGCCAUAAAAAUUUUAAAAGCCGACUGCCGAUACUUUCUCCCCAAAAUACCAUGGGGAAGCGUUAAUAUAGUAACAAAUCUAAUAUGUCUCAAAUUUUGGACACCAACAAUAUCACGGGGUUUUUGGCCGAACUAUUUCCUACCUAUUUCAACCAAAUGAGUCAAAUUUCUCGAAAUAUUGUAAUCGCUUACACCUUUCUUUUCAUGGGGUCAGCUCUCCUAAACAUUUCCGAGAUAGUAAAAGUCACGAGGAAUCGACGCCACGAUAAGGGCAGGAUUACGUACCUUUAUCGACACCUGUGCAUUUCAGGACUAAUUGUCACUUUCACUUGUAUGUUGGCCAACUUAAUUUUGAAGUUGACCAUUCAUUGGUACGGGGGAAACCUGCUGUGCAAAGGGUACCAAUUUCUGCGAGCAUUUGGCCUGUAUUUGAGCUCGUUAGUGGUCAUUUGCAUAAGCAUUGACAGAUAUUUUGCAAUAGUGUAUCCCCUCAAGUUUGUCAGGGCGGAGGAUAAGGUCAAACUACUGGUGAGAAUUGCUUGGGUGAUUGCAGCAAUUUGUGCAGUGCCACAGAUUGCGAUAUUCCGCAGUAUUCCGGAUCCCAAAUUUCCAUCCUUUUGUCAAUGCGUGGCGACAAUGAGCAGGAGUGGAGGAGAGUUAAUCUACAACAUAUUUACACUCUCAAUCCUCUACUUUCUCCCACUUGCCGUCAUCGUCUUCACAUAUUUGAGUAUUGUUCGAAAACUGUACGACAGAGGAAGACGGCAUGACGAGGGAAUGAUUGCAUUAGGUACCAGGUGGAAAUCAACCACAGAGCCACAUGUCCUCAGUCUUGACGACACUGCACCCAAAGGAAGUCCCAAAUCUUGCAAAAGCGAGAGUCCCAGAACAAUGUCCAACUUUAAAAGUGAUUUUCCUAACGUGAAUUUCACCCUUCGUAAAACCAAAUCGGAAUCGCACUUGCAUCGACAAAAAUCAUGUCAGGGGAUAAUUCCGCCUCUACGGACCAAUCGGCAACUCCUGAGGACGAGUGAAGGUUGGAGAUUACUUUUACAACGGGCGAAAUUUAGAACUAUUCGACUCACCUGCAUCAUUCUGACGAUAUUUCUUACCUGCUGGACGCCUUAUGUCGUCAUGACUUUGUGGUAA